AUGAUGAAAAAGUAUGCAUAUAUAAAUGAUGAGCGAUUGGGGAAUGUUUAUUUUCCUAUAGCAGCAGCAUGUAUAUCUGGAGAAUGCAGUGAUCUUCGCGAAAAAUUUACGCCUGAUGAAGAAGUUAUAUUCACGGCGCAGAAGCAAGCGCAACCCCAAAAUGACUGUCAGUUUGUCGCAACGUCUGUUAUAAAGAAACGUGAAUUGAUACCUGUAUCUGGAAAAAUAUGUGAAAUUUACGAUAAAUAUUGUUACGCUGAAGUUAAAAAAUAUGGGCGAGUUUUCGUACCUUAUUCGGCUAGAAACGAUUUCAACAAGCUCAACAAACCAUGGUUGGGAUAUGGUGCUGAAAUGGAUAAGACUAUCCAGUUGAAGAUUUUUCGCCAACCGGACAUCAAGAAUUGCCGAUAUGUUGCCUGGAGUAUAAAUAUGAAUCUUGUAGAUGAGAAGAAAGGUUUUGAAAAAGUUCCCGAUAGAGCCAAUGGUCAGAUCGGUGUUAUUGUUGUUAUUCCAUCGGAUGGCGAUUUAACCGUAUAUUCUUCGCAAUCUGGGAAAGCAACGCUACCUUCGUAUUUGCGAGAGUCGUGGAUGAGUAUUGGAACGUGUAUUCGCUAUGACGUUGUUAAACAAGUUGAUACGGAGUCAAAAGCUAUCUGGAUAGUGCGGAACGUUGAAAAUCUUGGACUGUUAUAUGAAAUUAUUGUUGAUAAUAAGGAUCCGUGCAAAUUAUUGUUGCGUUUGAAUGCUGUUGUUAAUCGAGUCUCAUCUAGUACGCAUAAUGCAUGGCUAUGGAACGAUAUUAUUGGUAGAAUUUUUGUUCCUACUCAACAGUUCAGUCAUCGUUUACGUGCAAUGAUUUGUGUGAGGAUAGUUGCAUCAUGGACUGGUACAUUUGAAGACGUUCCAUGGACUGCAACAGAUCUGGAAAUUCUCGGUGAUGAUGCUGCUAUACGUGUCCAAAAUGCUUCCUUACUCCAGACGGAUGAUAACUGGACGGUAAAUAUUAUUAGAGAGGUUUCAAAUAUAAAUACAAAUCAACCUACAUUUUUUGGAUUCAUCAGUAAUCCGAAGUAUGGCUCAGCGUUCAUUGCAUGGACAGAUUUAACACAGGGUGAUUCUCCUCCUUCCCCGGAUACUAAGUGCAGGGCUACUGUAUUUUUUCAAUCUCGGAAUGGCAAGCAUUCUUGGAGAGCUGUGCUGGUGACGCCGUUGGGCAGUGACGGAUUUCCCAUCUGGCAGCAUCCACAAUAUAACCAUUCUGGACGGCUAUCUCUUCCUGAGCAUCCUUAUCAGGCCCAAAAAGAUGCUGUGCAAAGCACUGUUGCCGUGAAUAAUAAGAAAGAAACUUUUGAGACUUUUGACGCAGUUUUCAAGCCGGACAAUACUUUGCCACCUCCAACGUUGCCGGCAGUGAACACGAUACCAUUGAGUAGCCCUCUUGCACCUCUAGAUGUUUCCAAGAAGCAGGACAAGUUAUUCUCACCUGUGGCUGCGACAGCGCUGGAAAAUAUGUCGCCAUUGUCGUCGAUUGUUAGCGAGUCACCAGAAGUAUCACCAGCACCAUACUUGUUCUCGUCGGACGUUACUGAUAGUUACUUGAACCAAGACAUACUCGAUCAUCUCGACCUUGGCAAAUAUACUUCUGUUUUAUUUCCACACUCCAAUAGCGACCGCAUAUGGGCAUCAACGAAGCCGAUUGGCGUGUUUUCUUCAUCGAUGGCAUCGACCGAUCCUCUUCUGACACCAGCAUCUCGUUCGUCGCCCACAUCUCCCACAAGUAGCGAUGCGGCCACACAGACGGACAUCAUGUCUGAGCAGGAAGUAUUAAAGGAUAUAAUGGAGAAUAAAGAUUUGUUUUUUAAGGUUGCGGAAAGUCUUCCACAGCAUUACAAUAGGUUGAUGGAUAUACGUUUGCAGAGGAUUUGA